AUGUUCAUGCGGAACGGAUGGGUCUCGGAUGCUCCAUUCACGCUCAACGGAACGAACAUAUCCGAAUGCACCAGCUACGUUUAUCUGGGUCGGGAACUGAACAUGAUGAACGACCUGGCCCCCGAGCUGGACAGGAGGAGAAGAGCGGCUUGGGGAGCGUACAAGAGCAUCGAGGAUGUAGUGAAGAAGACCAGGAACACCCGGCUCCGUGCUCACCUCUUCAACAACACCGUACUUCCUGCUUUGACCUAUGCUUUGGAAAUUUUUGGGCAUUUCGCAAGCAGGAAGAAAACGCGGUGA